AUGGCUCUGUUUUCACCGGCGACGUGGCGGGCGCUGGGGCUGACGGUGGGCGUGGCUUACACGGGGUUCGGGAUCGUGGAGACGCUGCUGCCGGCCCAGGCGGCGCGGGAGUUCUUUGGGAUCCAGCCGCGGGCCAAGGCCGAGGUGGACGACGCGGUGUCGGUGAUGGUGCCGCUGAUGGGGGCUCGCGACUUCAGCCUGUCGGCGGCCAUGCUCACGUUCUGGUACUACGGCAAGGACUGGGAGCUGGGCGUGGUGAUCCUGGCCGGCUCGAUCCUCUGCGUGGCCGACUCGAUUGCCAUCUUCAACCGGAGGGGCUUUGCAGCGUGA